GCCAAGUCUUUUGCUUUCGUAGUGAGUGAUUUUCGUGUGAUUUUCGAGUGAUUUUCGGUACAGCGUGUCAGCGUGCCUCGUUGUGCUCCCGGCUUUCUCGUGUUUUCACGGUCGCUCUUACGUGCUAGAACUUUAAUUUGUGUCAUCAAUCCUAUACGAUACAUCCCUCUAGCGCCUGGAACCAAUCUUGGGCGGAAAACAUUAUAUACUGAGUCAAAAAAGGAGAAUUAGUGUGCACUGCGUAGCAGAGUUUACUGCCAGAGGGGAAUCAUAGGCCUGUGUCCCGUGUGGAAAAAAUAAUAAUAAUUGAACUUUUCAUGUCAGAGGAAAGAAAGUCUCCCUGAUAUCAUUGAGUAUACAUAGUGUAUAGUGUAUACUACAGUGGCUCCCUAGUAUAUUGAUGAUAAAGGCUAAAGUGUCAUUUGAAAACAGGUGAAUUUGUAAAUGAAGUGAUAAGCCUAUAGAGGAAGGUGCCAGAAGUCGCCAGAAACUUACCACAGGUGACAAACAUGAGGUCAAAGUUUGUCCUCCCUGCCGACUCUGAGGAGGUUGUUAGCAGGCAGCGCCAGCAGCAGCAGCAGCAGCAGCAGCAGCAAGAAGAUGACAAUAUCAUUAAGGAUGACGAGGACACAGAAGCACCAGGGGAUCUCCUCUACGGUGUGGAAGACAUUCCUCCUUGGUACAGUUGUCUCUUCUUCGGGUUCCAGCACUUCCUAAUCUUCAUCGGGGGGACGGUAGCGACGCCUCUCACCGUCGUCUCCUUAAUGUGUAUGGAAGGCAGCGACCCGCGGCGUGGAGACGUCGUCUCCACCACUAUCUUCGUCUCUGGUCUCAUCACCAUCCUCCAGUCUACCUUCGGAAUUCGAUUACCUAUUGUUCAGGGGGUCAAUUUCGCCUAUCUGAUGCCCACCAUCACCAUCCUCUCCAUGUCCUUCCCCACCUGCGACAGUCUCAACCUUGAGAACAUGACACUGGCGCAGAAAGAGGAGGAGUGGCAGAUGAGGAUGAGGGAGAUACAAGGGGCCAUUGCUGUCUCUGCCAUUUUCCAGGUCUUUGUUGGCUACACAGGUUUGGUGGGUCUGGUGAUGCGCUGGGUGACACCACUCACUAUUAUACCCACAAUCACCAUGUUGGGACUAGCACUGUUCUCCCUGGGCACCAAGCAAGCCGCAACACACUGGGGCAUCUCUUCACUAACACUGCUGCUGCUGGUACUGGUGUCACAGUACUUAAAGAACCUAAAGACUCCUUUACCUGCAUUUACUGGUCCAAAGGGAUUUCAUAUUGUGUGGAUCCCGCUCUUCACGUACUUCCCGCUGCUGCUGGUGGUGUUUUUCUCUUGGGCCCUUUGUGGGGUCCUCACCGCCUACAACCUCCUCCCUGAGGGAUCUCUUGCUCGUACCGAUUCCUCAGGUCUGCUCAUCAGAGACUCCAGUUGGUUCAGAAUCCCUUACCCAGGUCAGUGGGGGGCACCAACGGUGAGUGCGUCAGCAGUAAUUGGAGUAACAGCGAGUGUCAUUGCCUCCAUCAUCGAGAGUAUUGGGGACUACUAUGCAUGUGCCAAACUUUGCAAGACAGCCUCACCACCAGUGCAUGCAGUGAACCGUGGGGUUGCCUUUGAGGGCUUGGGUUGCAUCCUGGCAGGUCUCUUUGGCACCAGUAGUGGCACUGCCUCCUACACCUCCAACAUCAUGCUCAUCGGUGUCACUAAGGUUGCAAGUCGUCGAGUUGUUCAGGUGAGCGGAGUAUUGAUGUUGGUGGCAGGGACCUUCAGUAAAGUGGGUGCUAUAUUUGCCACCAUUCCUGAGCCUGUGUUGGGAAGCGCACUCAUAUUUAUGUUCUCCCUCAUCACUGGCGUGGGACUCUCUACUCUCAAGAUCAUCGAUCUAAAUUCCAACAGGAACCUCAUGGUUCUUGGGUUAUCCAUCUUCAUAGGACUUGCACUCCCAGAAUGGAUGAUGAAGAACCCCCAGGCUAUCAAAACAGGUUGGCUAUUAAUGGAUCAGUCUCUUACCUCUCUGCUGCAGACUUCCAUGUUUGUUGGUGGCAUCUUGGGCUUCAUUCUUGACAAUAGUAUGCCAGGUACAGACAAAGAGCGAGGACUGCUACAGUGGAACUACCAUCUUGAUGCCCAGCGGCCACUCCAGUCUUCUAGUAACCCUGCUGCCCACUGCUAUGACCUACCCUAUGGCAUGAAAUAUCUCGCAAGAUGGAAAUGGACUCGAAGUGUUCCAUUCCUACCAAUGUUUGAAGGAUUUAGGAAGAAGUCAUCAUAUCCUGCCAAUAUGGUAGAAACAAUAUCAGCAAGACCUUUAUCAUGAUCACUGCAGGAAUGUAACGGAUUUCUAACAUUAGUUAAGACCUCAGCUUUAACGUCCUUUAGAACAGAACAUUUCCAUGAAAUACUAAACCUGUAAGGGUCGUACAGUGCCUGGGAGCAAUUAGGUGUGAUCCAAGUAAGUGGAAGGCAAGCCAGUAAUUAUAUAUUGUAUGUAUUCAAACAAAAGCACUAAAUCCUUUUGGGACAUACAUUGUAGAGGGGUGGUUUAAACUGUAAAGUUAGGGUUUAGUGUAGUUCAGGGUUAGUAAAGGUGUAAAUUUAAUAGUGCAGUAAGUUACUCCCCAUAUGAAUUUUCAACAGUGUGUCACAGGUAGGGCUUCUAGCAAGCAAAGCAGUGUGUACCAGGGUUAGGAAGAUGUUGAAAUUGUAGUUGUGUGUACUGCUUGAUUAAUGGGACAGUUUGUUAACAUAGGGUGAAUUGUUAAAAUAGUAAUAUAAUAAAUUUAGGUACCAAACUUAUAAGGGGUCAUACAACAGGGGAUUAUUAUUAUUAUAAUCAAAAAGAAGCGCUAAGCCACAAGGGCUAUACAGCGUACAACAGGGGAAUUGUUAGAUCUGGCAUUUCUUAGAGAUAUCAGGUGUCUUUCCAUAUGCAGUCAUGUGGCAGAUUUGUAAAGAUGUAAGAACAGUUUUCCACAUGACAGUGAUGAGAAGAUGUACAUAAAGUAUGUUGGUAUGCAGUAAGUCCUAUUUCUGGAUAGUUUAACACACCAAGUGGACAUUAUUACAAUGUCUAUGAAUAGCAACAAAUAGUGCAUGAAAAUGCUGGUCAACUCUAAGAAAUGAGCUUUGUACCCUACUUCAUCUGAGAAUUUGAAGCCAUCUGUGUAUGCUGCCUUAGCAUGAGAAUAUGAUAGUGUUCUAGAAAGAGUGAGAGUUUCUGGCAGAUAUGUUGGUUUUCAGGCAUGGAAAGGUAAAAAUGGCAAAGUUGAAUUUUUGAAACUUAAGGACAAAAAAAAAAAAAAAUAAUGAUGCAGGGAGAGCAUAAAUUGAAUCAACAGUUGAAUGGAUGAAUCUUGCCUUGAUGAAUGUACAGAAAAAUGGAUGGGCUAACUGUAGUUCAUACAUAUAGCAGGCUCAGUGCUAUAAUCACUCAGCCACAGGGUUUACAAUUAUUAAAAUAAAAAAACUCAACCUCCAAGGGUCAGACAGCACUGCUGGGCAGGGAAGGAUGCAGGGUAUUGUGUAGCAAGAGGGAGAGGGAUGAUUAUUAGGUCAUGGAUACAGAGUUUACAAUAAAAUGAUUCUGUGACCUGGUUGCAUUAGCACCCCUCUUCAAGGGGAAAGGGGCUCUUUGGCAUGGUGAAGAGGCUCUUGGUCUGAGGAAUUAGACCUUUUGGUCUCCUUCCUCAGACCAAAACUAAUUACCCCUCAAUCCCCCUUACCCUAUCCCAUCCUCCCUUUUUUCCUUUCCUCUUUUUGGCCUUCAGGAUUCUUCCCACAGGCAGUCUACUUCCUAGGUAGGGGGAAGGGUACCAGGGUCCAUCCCAUUCUGUUGAGGUCACCUGGGGAUGUCCUGAUCCCUCUCUGGUCUCCCGGGGGGUGUCUUUCGGGUGAUGGGUAUAUCUGUGGAGGCUGCCUGUCUGAUUCCAGGGGGUGGUGGCUAAAGGAGGUAUGCUUUGUGGCAGGUGUCUGGCUGCCCUCUCUUUUGUCCGCCGAGGUUGCUUAGUGGAUGAGGUUGCCAUCCUGGUUUACUGGCAUGAAGGGUAGGGUAUGGCACGGGUUCCAUGCUGCAUCUUGUGGUGCUGAGGUCCUCUUGGGCGCGGAGGGGGAUUUACGGCCCUUUUUUGCCUCCUAGGGGCUAUUCCUCCUCCCCCUGGGUCCUGUCUUGAUACCGCACCCUGUUUUGACCCUGCCUUGUUUUUUGACCACUCUUCGGACGCUUCUAAUGCUCCUGUACCUCUUGCUGGUGCUGUUUCAUCACCUGCUUCAGGUACCAGGGUUUCAACUGACUCCGAUAUGUCUGACCUCCACUCUUCUUUGACUAUGCUUCCGGCCUCUCCCUCUACGGUGUGGCAAUUUUCGAAUCGCCAGCCUGUCCCAUGUCAGACCAACUCCGGUCCCACUCCUAAAUGUCCACAAUUACCUGAUGAUACUUCUCGUUCUGCUCAGAAAAGACCUGCAUGUCACGCACUCCCUUUCCAUGCUCAGUUUUGGAAUGUACAUUGGACUAAAUUCUUUACUUUACGACUGACUUCCUCUACUGCCUAUCUUUGCGACCAUAGUAUUGGCAAGGUCCUCCUAUGCCAUGUUGGUAGAGAUAUAUCCUUUCAUACUCUCAAGAGCGGUACACUUGUCAUCACUGUCCAGAAUGCUAACCAAGCUCAUGACCUUUCUCUUCUUACAAGUAUCGAUACUAUUCCUGUCUAUCAAAAAACAUCAUUCCCUCAAUUCUUGUAGUGGUACUGUCAUUCUGCCCCAUACCAUUGUCCAACAGAAUUUCCAGACAUGUGGCGAUGACAUUCUAGAACAGCUGGAGCUCCAAGAACUCUCAGUUCUCAAAGUAGACACUUGUGUCCUUCCUGCCCACAGGUGGAGACGAUACUCUUGCAAUGUAGCUCAAUUGACUUUCGACUGCCGUGAACUCCCAUCCUCUGUUUAUAUAGCAGGACAUCGUUUACAAGUUUGAAAGGUGAUCCCUACACUGCAACAGUGUAGAAAUUGCUGGUGUUUUGGUCAUCCGGUGAAAUAUUGCAGGUCUAUAGCCGAAUGCCCAGUCUUAGGUGCCGAUGACCAUUCCAGUAUGUCUUGUAGUGUACCUCCCUCUUGCCUUGUCAUGAGGCUCGCCCAUCUUACUUUCGCCAUUGGCAGGUUUACUUAAAUGAGCAAGAAAUCUGUUGCCUCAGAGGCAGGUUUCCCCUGUGCUAUGGCAGUUUCUCAUCUACGCCUCCAAGGGAGAUUACGCUGUAUUUCUUAUUCUCGUGUUCAUAAACGUCCCCCCACCUCUGGGGUCCCAUCUUCUGCAGCCUCCUCUGUGGUUACCCCUCCCAUAGUCACUCCUGUGUCUAAUUCUUUUCCUGUCCCAGACUCGGAAGUCCCUACCUCAACACCUCGGUCUGUUCACUUAAUGUUCUCGCUCACAAGUUCUGAUAUCGACAAGACCUCAUACAACACCUUCUCCCAAUCGCCCCUGUACUUCUCAGAAGUCCAAAAAAUCUCCAUUGUUCAAAUCUGCAUUAACCCUUCCUUCCCUUCUUCUACCUCCACAUUUUACCUUUCCAGUCUCUGUACUUGGUUCUUCACCUCUCACUGGCUCUGUUACAAGUGUGGAGGUUCACCCUCCUCCUCAGUACUUUACCUUCCUGUUCUGCCUACUCCCAGGUUUCCUCUUCUGUCCCCUCCCACACUUCUCUAUUAUUAUUAUAAUCAAGGGGGAAGCGCUAAACCCGGAGGAUUAUACAGCGCCUGGGGGGGGGGGGGAAUGAGGAAGGCAUUCAGGCUUAAUUCGGGGAACUGGAGUACAGAUCCAAUUCCCUAAAUCAAGAGCCUCUCACCAACAUCAAGGAACCUUCCUUGAGGGGGCCACACUUCUCUAGUUCCCUCUGCCCUUUUGUUUUCCCCUACUUUGGUACAGUCCAUUGCUGUCCCAAUCUUUACUCACCCUCCUCCUUCCGUCUCCCAUACAAAGUCUUUGUCUUCUGAAACACUCGAAGCUAUCUCAGAAUAUGUUGGAGACUUGACCAUCAAUAGACACUGAUCCACCUCUUCUUCCCUCUGCGCAACUCCUAUCUUUGCAGCGUCCCAUUCGUUCACUGCUUCAACAUUUUUCACUGCUGCCACAUGUGGACUUUUCUAACCCCUCUAGUCCGUAGAUGCCUUUACCUGCAGAUUUCUUGUAUCUUUUUUUUUUUUUUUUAAAGAUUCGCCGGUAUUCUCCUGGCCUUGGCUCCCUGUCUGGGGAGUGUCUGAGACCCAAGUCUCCCAUGGGAGGAGGCACAAGUACCCCCUCAUCUUUGGGACCAACUGUCCCUAGGCCUAGCCACAUUCCCUGCCCUCAGAGGGCUCGUAGGGAGAAGCUAGGCCUCUCUGGUCUGCCAUCCCCGCACCAAGGGGGUUAUUGGGAAUGAGAGUCUUGUGAGCUGCAAGCUCGGACUCAGGCACCUACCUACCCUACCCUAGAAGAGCUGGGCAUGGUGUUGACCUGUUUCUUGUAUCUUUCUCGUUACCAAUCGUGGCCUAUUUACAGUAGAAUAUCCGCGGCCUCAGGGGUAAACUGGGUGAGCUUCAAAUGUUUUUCCCUGUUAGUGUUUCCUUACAGGAACCAAAAUUACACUCCGCUGUUAUCCAUCCCAUCUCAGGCUAUGAUUUAUUGUAUUCUAUGGAACCUUUCCUCUUCAAGGGGGGCUCCUUGGCGUGGUGAAGAGGCUCUUGGUCUGAGGAAUUAGCCCUGUCGGUCUUCUUCCUCAGACCGAACCUAAUUACCCCCCAUUCUCCCCUCCCCUAUCCCAUCCUCCCCUUUUUCCAUUCCUCCUCCUCCUCCUCACCCCUCCCUUUUGCCCUUCCUCUUUUUAGCCUUCGUGAUUUCUCCCACAGGCGCGCUAGUUCCUAGGUAGGGGAAAGGACACCGGGGUCCAUCCCAUUCCGUUGAGGUUUCUUGGCGGUGGCGUAGUUUGCCGUGGAAUCUGGAUUGCCUAGAGAUGUCCCGAUCCCUCUCCGGUAUCCCGGAGUGGCUUUGGGUGUCUUUUGGGGGACGGGGGUAUCUCUGG